AACUUUGUAGCUCGCCGCUAAGCAAACUGAUCCCCGCACCGGUUUCAGUGUUCCAAGAAAAUUAAAACCAGAGCUCAAGGUUUUAUUGCUCGAUUCUAUACCACCUAACCAAUUUAAGUUUUCUCUGCUUGGGCCUCGAAGAUCAUAGAUCUUCACUUUCCUCCAACUCCAAACAUGUUCAAAAAAUUUUCUUCUGAAGAGGUAUCAGCACAAAACCAAGUGAAGGCAUCUGUCCAGCGCAAAAUUCGACAAAGUAUUGCAGAAGAGUACCCUGGACUGGAACAAGUGUUGGAUGAUUUGCUUCCAAAGAAAUCUCCUCUCAUUGUUGCUAAAUGUCAAAACCAUCUAAACUUGGUGGUGGUAAACAACGUGCCACUAUUUUUCAACAUACGUGAUGGACCAUAUAUGCCUACUCUCAGACUGCUUCAUCAAUAUCCAGAUAUAAUGAAAAAAUUACAAGUAGAUAGGGGUGCCAUAAAGUUUGUUCUUGCUGGUGCAAACAUAAUGUGUCCAGGUUUAACUUCUCCUGGUGGUGCUUUGGAUGACGAAGUGGCUGCAGAAACUCCCGUGGCAAUAAUGGCAGAAGGAAAGCAGCAUGCACUUGCUAUUGGCUUCACAAAAAUGUCAGCAAAAGAAAUUAAACAGAUCAACAAGGGAAUUGGAGUUGACAACAUGCAUUAUCUUAAUGAUGGUCUUUGGAAGAUGGAACAUUUAGAUUGAGGAUAUUGGCGACCAACUGUGCUAUUAUCAAGAAGAAAUGAAGAAUUUUAUUUUUAUCAUUUCAUAAUAGUGUUUGUCUUUUGAGUGUCAUAACCCACAGCUUAAAGAGUUAUCUGUGUACGUUUUCCCUGUCAAUGGGGUUAUCUUUGUAUGUUGAGAAUUCAUCCUUGUCAGAUAUUUCAAACCUUGAAUCAAGCUCAUUGUGUUGUGGUGAAUUCCAUUUUGUUAUAAUACCAACAGGCCUUUUCUUAUGUUA